GGGGAGGAGGAAGAACAGCCGGUGGGGCGCGUCCCGCUGUACCCCGGGCACAUCCCGACCAGCCCGCUGCAGAAAGCGCUGCUGGCGGCCGGCUCGGCGUGCGCGGCUCUGUGGGACCCCUACAGACACGACAUGGUGGCAGUCCUCGGUGAGACCACGGGCUGCCUUGCCCUGCCCAAGCUGCGAGACAGGAUGAGGAAUGACCCUGAAGGUUACCGCAUCCUCCAGGAGCGGCCUCGCAUCCGCCUCUCCACACUGGACAUGGCCCGGCUGCGGGGGCUGCCAGACGGCACGCUGGGCCGUGAAUACGUCCGCUUCUUGGAGGACAACAAGGUUUCUCCAGACACCCGCAUGCCAGCCAAGUUCGUGGAUGAUGAAGAGCUGGCAUACGUGAUCCAGCGGUACCGGGAAGUGCACGACCUGAUGCACACCCUGCUGGGCAUGCCCACCAACAUGCUGGGUGAGGUCGUGGUGAAAUGGUUUGAAGCCGUCCAGACGGGGCUGCCCAUGUGUGUGCUGGGAGCAGCGUUUGGCCCCGUUCGUCUCAACGUACGAAAGCUGCAGGUCCUGGCCACCGAGCUGGUUCCAUGGGCGGUCCGGAGCGGGCGCAACGCCAGCUGUGUCCUCAAUGUGUAUUAUGAGCAGCGCUGGGAGCAGAGCGUGGAGUCCCUGCGGGAGGAAAUUGGCAUCUUCCCCCCUCCGGCUGUCCGUGUGUGAGCUCAUGCUUUAGGCGGGGGGGGGGAAAGUGAGGGAUCCCCCGUUGGCAGCUGUUCCCUGCACUGCUCCGUCUCCUCCUGCCGCAUGAGCGCAGUGUGACUCUGCUGGUCCCGACCUGGUGCUGUUCCCUCCUGUCAAGAACUGGCAGCCCCCUGUUGGGAGAGACCUCCCCGUGCCCUGACGAAAUGUGACCUCUUCUGCUGUUUGUCAGCGGGCGGAAAGAUGGCCAAGUCCUGCCGUGCUUUUACAGCUGGGUUUUGCUGGGUUGGGAGUGAAUGCAGACACAGCAAAUUCAGGCCAUGCAGGCCUGAGGCCCUCCUCGUCAAAAAUGUCACUGUGAGAGGUUUUUGAUAGGAAUUGUCUUCUGACGGUGAGGUGGUGUGAUGGGGAUUAGGGCAGAGUCCUAGGGGAGCAGGACUGGACGCUGCCCUGCAUCCGGGCGCUGCUCGCAGUGCGGGUUGAGGGUUCAGCGUGCCGGCGGCUGUUUGCAGAGCAGGGGCAGAGCCACAGGGCAGGCGGGGCUGCGUGCGGGGAGGUUUGCUGUUGAAAUUCCUUCUUGCUCAAUAAAACCUGUGGUGGAG